GUUCCUGUUGGAAGUCUGAGAGCGGAUAUCUUGUUUCCUGGUCUUUCUUUAGUUCCAACAACACACAGCUUUACUGCUACUCUGACAGAACUGUUCUCUAACCAGUUUCUGGCCAUCAGAAGAUUUUCUUGCUCCUCCGUUUCCAAAUCUGUACUGGCCUUUGUAUGAUACGCUUGUGGUAGGAUUGGCAGGAAAGGGUUGCAUGGGUUGCUUCAAACCCAAUCUGAGGAUAGGAACUCAAGUCAGUUAUUACUUCUACUGAUAGACAUGACUGCAACCUUCAAGGUUUCUUCGGCUCACAUCAGACUUACUGCCCCCAUCACUGUAACAGUAGGCAUCAACCCUGAGAAGGUGACGAACCAUGUAACUUCAGAAAGAGAGAGAGAGAGAGAGAGAGGAAGAAGAAACCUCAACUCAAACCUAACCACUUGAUUGUCAACUUUCUCUCUCACAUAUACUUUUAAGCUCAGCCCACUUCUUAAUUCCAACCCCACCACUGCAACUACAGUUCCUCAACCUCCCACAAAUUCUUUCUUCCACUCUCAAAAUUCUCCACAUCCUAAUUCACUAAAGAAACCUUCUUCUUGCGGCAAUCGGCCAAAUGGGAGGGCACUCCUGCUGCCACAAGCAGAAGCCAAGAAAAGGCCUCUGGUCUCCUGAGGAAGAUGAGAAGCUCAUCAAGCACAUUAACAAGUAUGGCCAUGGGUGUUGGAGCACUGUCCCUAAUCAAGCAGGUCUUCAAAGGUGUGGAAAGAGCUGCAGAUUGAGGUGGAUCAACUACCUGAGGCCUGACCUCAAGAGAGGUACAUUCUCACAGCAGGAGGAGGACCUCAUCAUCGAACUCCAUGCAGUCCUGGGAAACAGAUGGUCAAAGAUUGCAGCACAUUUGCCGGGGAGGACGGAUAACGAGAUCAAGAAUUUGUGGAAUUCCAGCAUCAAGAAGAAGCUAACACAGAGAGGUAUCGACCCCAGUAGCCACAAGCCACUUGUCAAGGUUGAUGGUGGUGAUGAUGAUAAGGUGGCCAGCAACAGCGACAAGAAUUCUGACUCCAGCGAUCUCCAGUCGGUGAUUGAUAAGUCCAUGGAUGAGAGCAGCACCUUGAAGAAAGAAAUAUUCUUGGACCAGUUCCUCACGAGUUCAUCAAGCUGCUGUUCUUCCAAUUCAAUGGGUUAUCUCCCUUUUCCACAGGUAAGCUUUGCUCCUGACUACAGCAGCAGCAGUCAGGCGACUUCCAUCACGAUCAACUCGAAUCCACUCUUCUGGUUGAACUGCAAUGCAAUAUCCACCCCAAUCACAACUCUUUCGACUUCCAUGGCUCUGCCACCAAGCUAUGAAGAAGAAGAUGAUACAAUCCCUGGCUGGUACACUGGCAACCGGAAAAGCGUAAAUGAUGGUGGUCGCAUCAUGCUGCAGAGCACUUGCUCCUUCGACAGUGGCGUCUUCUCCUGCUCAGAAUUGACAUCUGAGAAAGAUGUGCAAGCCCACCUCGGAGACGAGAUGGAGGACCUCAAAUGGUCAGAGUACCUUCACGGUGCAUUCCAAAGCCAACCCAUGUAUGGUGACAUCAAGACAGGAAACCAAUCCCCCAUGAACACUGUGAGUUCUUUGUACCAGAACCAGCAACUGCGGCAGGAGUUGCAAGCUUCAGACAUCCAUGGCAAGAGGUUCCACUCUGUAUCUCUGGGCUUUGAGCAUCUAUAGAUUGGGAAAAGAUCAGAACGACAAAAAGGAGUUCUGCUCUCAACAGACAAAUCAACUUACAAAGCUUGAGCAGUAAAAUUCUUCGAAGUCAUAGAGCAUGCAUACCUUAUACUUCUUUUCUCGUUCAUCUAGGGCUGAUGAUAUACAAAUUCUAUCAGCUCUUCAUCCUUGCAUAUUCUGUGGAGCGUCAAAAACAAAAGCUUGUAGUAACCAGUGUCUUUCACUUUAUUCUUAUAUAUCCUUGCUUUCAUGGCUUUGCAAUCACUUGUCUCCAGAAUUUCUACCUUGUGUAUGCUGAAUCUUCCUUGUUCAUGUGCCAUGGUAACAGUGAGAUGCAAAAUCUAUCAA